UGAUCAUCAUUAGCCCCGGAACGCGUUCUAGGCCCAAUCUCAAAGGCAACUGACUCGGCCGGCCGGCCUACUCUGGAGCCAUGGCUCCAACUCUGAUGAAGAUCAUCAAGGGGGAUCAGGCCCUUCCCACGGGCGUUAUUGAUGAGGUUGUUUGUUCACUAUUGGCGAACGGGCACAUGGAUAUGGCAGCUCCGGGGUAGGUCGGCGUAGACCGUGCCCUUACGUCGUCGCUUUACUUCUUUCCAUUUCAGGAGCGUUCGCUGUUCACCGAACGGCCUUAGAGCCUUUCUCAACGGCAGGUGAUAUAAGUCACAACCGCCCAUGGACUGCCGGGGUGCAGAGACGCCCUGCGCGGGAUUCUAUACUGCCUCAUAAUAACGGUGAUCUAGAUUGACAUCCGCCCGUGAGGUGAACUAUUAUAUAAUCCAGGCUUGAACGUGGCAGCGACGGACUCCCAAGCGCAAUGCUCACACCAUCGGACGACGCCGCCGCGUAUACCAUCUCCGCAACCACCGACAUCUCAACGCUCGGCACAAUCCUCGGCGACCACUUCCACCCCACCCUCCUCAACACGCUAGCCACAUCCGCCAUCCACGCCGGAAACGCGGACAUCCUCUCCCACCUCCUCUCCAUGCACGGGGCGGACCCUCUCGCAAGCAACCAUGAUCUCCUGCAAGUCGCCGCGCAUUUAAUCCACCCGCGCUGCUUCUAUCAGCUGAUAUUCCACUAUGCGGCGCGAUAUUCGCCCCACGAGGUGUUUGAUCUCGCCGCGUGGCUGUCUCGAGCGUUCUACGAUUGCACAUGGACGCCGGCUGGGAGACCACAGCAACGGCAGCAACAGAAAGCGGACGUAGAACCAGACUACAUGCGACAUUGCCGCGCGGCACGAUUCGCAGCGGCGAUCAUCAUCUGCUCCAAAAGCGGACGACAAGCCCGACAGUUCCUCUACCCCGCCGUGCACGCCGCGGUAGCCAAAACCCUCCAGUUCGCAAACACGCCCCUGGCCGCCCUCUACUCCACCCAAUCCUCAGCGUGGAUCAGAUCAUACCUCCCUUCACCCGAGCGCCUGCUCCGUAGCGUGUUCAGCGACCACCCGCAGCGGUGCAGACUGAAGUGCAGGCAUCCGAGGGAACAGAUCAUCCGCGCGCUGCUCUCGUUUGGCCCGCAUCUCUCCACACAGGCGUUUCAUAACCUCAUGCGCACGAUGGUUGCGCAUACCGUAACACCAGACGAGCGGGCGUGGAUGGACCACGCUUCCGCGGACAUGGAUCCGGACCUAACCCCCAUACGCACCGACAAACUCCACCCGCCAGGCCCACACCACCGCCCCCGCUCCGGCCCUUGCGUCCUCUGGUGGAACACGAUUGCGAACCUCCUGGCCCAGUCCGUUAUCUCCGGCAUCCGACAAGACCUCCACAACCUCCUCCUACUGCGGUAUCGCGGGCGGUAUGACUCCAAUGCGAGCGAUGCGCUGAGGGGUCAGAUUGUGGUGAGGGCGGAUAGCGAUGUGUUUCGGUGUGUGUGUGAUUGGAUGGGGGCGGGGGCUACUGUUGGGGGGCUGUUAAAGCCGUGGGGAUUGUUUAAGGAGACGUGAAAUGAGGGAGGAAUGAUGGUUGAUGGAAUGAUGGUUGCAGUUUACAUGCGUGUCUGUGGAUCCCCUUGGGGACCCGAAAUAUUCAGGCAUCGAUGUGGUGCUUGCACUGAGAAGUCAUAGAGCUUUGUCUUAUGUAAAUCUCGCGGGCAGCCGUCCGCCGUAGAUAGUUCUCUGAGGUAGCUUUUGGGUCAUGUCGUCGAGCGUUCCCGUAACGCUGAAGGACGAUGAAAACAAUAUCUGUAGCACUUGCUACCAAACAAUGGAGGGCACCAUUGUCAUAUACCCAUUGCCAAACAUGCCCACAAAAUGCCGAUACCUCUCAAAAGCCGA